AGGCAGAAAUACCCAGGCUGCCUCACUCAGACGUUCAUUUCCGGUCAUAUUAAAGCACUUAUGUGUUGCUUCAGGUAUCGUAGCGAACCUGCGAGACUGCGCUCAGGGCUCAGCUGCUCCAUACGACUCGCUGAAGGUAGGCUCGGCUCGGCUCGGCUAAAGCUAAGCUACCUAUCCGGUGUCGGCGCCGAUGCUAGCACAUGCUAACCGAAGCUCCGGGUGAGCCGCCGUGUAGCCUGACGUGACUGGGAGCUCCUAGCUAGCACGCCUGCUCGCUUCCUAUGAUGCUGCUGUGACCGUCCGCGUUAGCUAGCUCGCUAUCCGAGAGGGAUGUGAUAGAAGACGGAGGCUCGUCCCUACUACUGCACCAGCACCACCACCAGCAGCAGCAUCAGCAGCAGGUACGCGUAGUCCAGGCUACAGCCGCCGCCUCCUCCUCCUGCCUACCCGCCGCUAGCUCCAGUUCCUGUUCCGUCUGUGGAUGAGGCGGCUCGCUGGCUUAGCUCGCUGAAAACGCACCAAGGGGUGGAUACAUGUCUACCUCUCAACCACGAGGAGAGCCACGACAGGGAAAUCUCGCAGUUCAUGUUUCGCCAAGAAGUCGGUGUGACGUCUUUUAUUCCAUCUUGUUCGUAUCUUUUCCAACACGAGAAGAGGAAUAUGUCCAGAUACAACAUAUACAGCCUGCUGGACUGGAUCUACGGCGGCGUGGACCCGAAGUUUGAGGGCAACGGGGGCCCCGAGUGCGCCGCCUUCAUCGCGCCCCAGCAGCGCAUCAGCGAGAGUCUGGUCAUCGUCCUCAUCUCGCUGCUGGAGAUCGGCGUGGCUCUGAAGAAGAUCAACCUGUCCAAGGAGCUCAGGGUGGUGGGCAAGGACUGCAUCCGGGCGAAGGAGGACAGCCUGGGCAAGAACCUGUUGCUGGUCGCCCUCUGCAUGACUUUUGGGGUGGAGGUGGGCUUCAAGUUCGCCACCAAGACUGUGAUCUACCUGCUGAACCCGUGCCAUGUCAUGACCAUGGUUCAGAUCUUCCUGCUGGCCUGCCCGCCGUGUAAAACAGCAAUGGUUGUUUUUAGGCUGCAGGUCCACAUGUUGAACGGGGCGUUGCUGGCUCUGAUGUUCCCUGUAGUCAACACUAGACUGCUUCCCUUCGAGAAGGAGAUCUACUACAUCCAGCACUCCAUGCUGUACCUGGUGCCUCUUUACCUUUUCAGGAAAGGAGGUGUGUACAAGCCCGAGCCCCUGGGAGACAUGUGGUGGGCGCUGCUGUCCACCGGCCUCCUGUUCCUCUACCACUUCCUCUUCUUGCAGGUCCUUGGCCUGGCCACCGAGGUCAACCUGAACAACAUGCUGUGUCCGGCCGUGUCCGAUCCCUUCUACGGGCCUUGGUACCGGGUUUGGGCGACGGGCCACCAGACCCUGCUGACCCUCAUCCACGGGAAGGUCCUGACACUCCUGUCCCAGUACAGCGGCUCGGCCUGCAGAUACACGCUGGACACACUCCGACUGCGCGGCAAGAAAGUCGACUGAAUGUCCGCAGAGAUGCACUCAGACGUAGCCUUUCACUCUAAAUGCCUGCUCUUACAUCGGACUUCUGUUUUUGUUUUUCUUUUCUUUUUUUUUUUUUUAAACCUACAUUUUAAUGCAUCUUUUAAGAUCUGUUUUACUGAGUCAGACUUCCAGAGCCAGUGAAUCAGUGUGUCAUUCUUUUAGUUGUCGUCGUAGUUGGCUUGCAUACGGACUUGCAUGCACAAAUGUAACGGGCAUUUUUAGGGCUGGUAGUAUCGCGGAGUUGGCCAGAUUUAGAUUUAAUUUUUCCAGAAAUACGUGACAUUCGAGCGGGGGGGAGAUUUCUCGAGCUGCCUUUUUUUGUAAACGGACAGAAAGCGGGAGUCGCCCGGAUGUCGCUGCUGUUUGUUACACUUUCAGUUCUUUACGUCAUGCUAGGUCGUACGUUAGCGGGUUGAAGCUGCCGUUUUAUUCGUCUCAAGUGCAUUCUGAAGCAGAUGUGAGCCGUCGUUAAAGUUUUUGCUUGUUUAUAGCGCCAGGAUUUUUUGUAUGAUCACCUCUCAGUGUUGUCACGACUGAAAAUAGAAACUUUAUGGCGUUCCCACUUUGCUACACACCUAAAAAAAUAAAUUUAAAAAAAAAGCAAGCGCGUUAUUGUCAGUGGCUUCUCCGGCCUGUUCGGAUCAUUCCAGUUGCGAUAAUCAGGGGACACGAGGACGUAUCACAUGCUGAGAUUCGGAGGAUGUGCGGAGCUACACUGGGAUGUUGUUGUUGUUAUUACCUCUGCCAUGGAGGAUGUUGUUUUUGUUUUUGUUUGUGUUAUUUUUAUUGUGAUGUUGGACCACAUUCAGCGAGGUAGAACCUUGAGCGCAUCCUGGGCUGGAAUCGUGCAUCAUGACACUUGAAGAGAAUUUCUCGCCUUUGUCGUCGAGUUAAUCUCGCGGAGCAUCCCCGAGUCACUCCACUGCAGCUGCAUCCAGUCACACUCCUAGUUUUGUACAAAUAUAAAUCUGCAUGAAGUCUCUGUGGGCGGUCCGUGGGUCGCCCGCUCCACAGAAGGUAGUAUUAACUAACGCUGAUCAUGGGAAGAUGUCAGUCACGGUAUAUAUCAUUUCAAGUGUGAGGGCUGUGUGUGUGUAUUACUGUAGCAUAUUCUAUACGUCACUGUAAAGAAGGGAGCAGAGAAACUUUUGUAUUUCUAUCAGUUCAAGUGUGUGUGUGCUGUAUUGACAAUAAAAGUGAUUUCAGUUGA